AUGGACAUUUUAGAAUAUUCUAUAGCAACCGAGGAUAACCGAAAAGAGAUUCGAGCAUUUUUAAUGAAGCAUUUUCUCAAAGAAGAAACCAUGAAUGUGAACAACAUGGACAUUUUAGAAUAUUCUAUAGCAACCGAGGAUAACCGAAAAGAGAUUCGAGCAUUUUUAAUGAAGCAUUUUCUCAAAGAAGAAACCAUGAAUGUGGCAACGGCUAUCACCGAAGAAGAAUUUGCUCCAUUUGCUGACAAAGUUCUUGAUUUGGCGCUGCCAACACCAUUCACUGUCCUUUGUCGUAAUGGCUUUGGUAAUCUCGUUGGUGUGGCUGUAAGCACAAUCUAUCGCCGAGAUGAUCCGGAAUUUGUGGAUCCGCUUGGAUCCCCACAAAGGCAGGAAAUAGCUGCCAUUGGAGCAAUAUGUGAAGAUAUACAUCAUUCAAUUUGGCAGUUGCUUCCAGAAGUGACUACUGUUCUCGAAUUGGAUCUUCUUAGCGUGGCCACCAAAUAUCAACGUCGUGGAAUUGCUGGAAAAAUGCUUGAUAUACGAAAGUCACCAGAAUCGUUGAAAGGUUUUGUCUGUCAAGCAUCCUCAUACGCGAAUCAAAUGUUGUUGAAAAAACGAGGGCAUCAGGAACUCAAGGAUUUGCCAUUUUCGCAUUUCGUUGAUAAAGACAAUGAACUCAAGGAUGUGCCAUUUUCGCAUUUUGUUGAUAAAGACAAUGUACAACUAAUAAAACCGCAAGAUGAGACACGAUCAGUGAAACUAUUCUGGAAGGCAUAUGACCCCCAAUAA